ACAAAAAAUCAGUUGGAAAAAAGAAGUCAAACGAAGUUGACGUUUUUCGUGAGUGACAAAAUAGGAAAAGUGCAAAAGCAGAAAACAGUAUCAAGAAAAAAUCAAAGCAAAUAGAAAAAAUUGCCAAUUGGAAAAUAGUUUAAUAAAACUUAAAUUUUAACAUAAAAUUACUGCCAGUUGAAUAAAAUAAACAAAUACAAUAUAAUUAAACAAAAAAACAUCAUAAUCGCAAAAAAAAGUGUGAACACGAAACAAGAAAAAAGUAUACAAAAAAAAAGAAGAAAAAAUCAUAGAGAAAUCGUUUUGUGUCUACAUUAGCAAAUUAUUACAAAAAGGAGGUAAAUAAAGAAAAAGUUGCUUAAAAAUGAAAAGUCUAGUUUAAUAAAAAGUAUAAUUAUCAAUUAAUAAAAGAUGUUCUAGUUAUUUGUUUUAUAAAGAAAAACAACAAAAUCUGAAUACAUAAAAAAACAAGUCCCAAAAAAUCAUUUUCUUUUUUUUACAAGUGUCUCAAACAACACACCUCUUUAUACAAACAACAAACAUACACAAUUUUAUUCCACACUCUCUGCAGCGCUGCUUUAAUCUUCUUGAUUUGUUUUUGCUUAAAAAAGUAGCAAGUAUAAUAACAGCAACAACGAUAAUAAUCAUAGACAUCAGCAAUAAUUUCGUUAACUGCAAAAUAUAACCAUAAAGAAAACGAUCAAAUGGUGUAAGCUUAAAAAACACUUUUACAACACAAAUUAUUUCCUGCAAACAAUACAAACCAACGAAAAACACAGGGGAUCAUGUUAAAUUAUUAUUAAAUUUCCAAACCAGGAAAUAAAAACAAUAUUUUUUGGGGAAAAUAUCUUAAUAGAAGAAAAUAUAAACAAAAUUAUUUUCUUCAUUACAAAAAUAAAAAGAGAAAUAAUUCCCAAAAAAGAAAUAAUUUUCCCAAAAAUAACAAAAUUUAAAACUAAAAAAAAAAACAGCAAAUAUAUUGGCAAUGACCCUUACAACUGCCAGUGCUACAACAGCCAAUAAUACACAGGAAACUAUUAGUAGUAGCAGUAAGAAAAUGGAUGUUAAAUGUGCUACAGCUGAAGAGAAUUUACCCACCUCCGAAAUGGAUUUAUUAGCAAAAUUAGAGGCAGCCAAUAAGCUGAUUGAAAGUGAUGCAAAAUCCCUAAAUUCAUUGCAUUCCACACACAGUCGUAAAAAUUCCGAUACUAGUCAAAUAAGUAUUACAUCAAAUGGCAAUUCCGUGGCUGAGGAAGAUAUCUGGACCACUUGGGCCACCAUAUUAAAUGAUUGGGAGGGCGCUUUAAAACGUAAAAAUCCCUGUGUCCGAGAACUAGUACGACGUGGUAUACCACAUCAUUUUAGAGCCAUAGUUUGGCAACAGCUUUGUGGUGCUAAUGAUGCUGAUAAAAAACAAUAUGCGGAAUAUAUUAAGGCCACUUCGGCUUGUGAAAAAGUGAUACGACGUGAUAUCGCCCGUACUUAUCCCGAGGUGGAUUUCUUUAAAGAAAAAGAUGGCCCCGGUCAAGAGGCUUUAUUUAAUGUUAUUAAAGCCUAUUCUUUACACGAUCGUGAGGUUGGCUAUUGCCAGGGUUCGGGAUUUAUUGUUGGUCUUCUACUAAUGCAAAUGCCUGAGGAAGAGGCUUUUGCUGUUUUGGUUCAAAUAAUGCAGCAGCAUCGUAUGCGUGAUAUGUUUAAGCCUUCGAUGUCAGAGCUGGGUUUGUGCAUGUAUCAAUUGGAAAAUUUAGUGCUCGAACAGAUACCAGAAAUGCAUACACACUUCCAACAACAGAACAAUUCACGUCAAUCCUCGCUCGAUGAAUUGUGUAUGAAAGAGGAGGCACUUAAGCAACGCGAUGAAAUGGUCUCUUGCCUCCUAGAGGAAUUGGUUAAAGUACGACAAAGUUUAGCCGAAAGUGAAGAUCAAAUACGUAAUUUGAAAACUAAAAUAGAGGAAUUAGAAGAGGAUAAAAAGACUUUGCGCGAAACAACGCCCGACAAUUCAGUUGCCCAUUUACAGGACGAACUAAUAGCCAGUAAACUGAGAGAGGCAGAGGCCAGUCUCUCGUUGAAAGAUCUCAAACAAAGAGUACAAGAACUAAGUACUCAAUGGCAAAGACAAUUGCAAGAACAACGCAAUGAUCACAAUUCACAUCCAGUAGAUUCUACACCCAAAAAGCUGCUAACAAAUCUAUUUGAUUCAUCCAAAUCGAAUGAACAUACUCAGAAAUUGGAAGAGGAACUUAUGACUACACGCAUAAGGGAAAUGGAAACAUUAACCGAAUUGAAAGAGUUGCGUUUAAAAGUCAUGGAGUUGGAGACACAAGUACAGGUCUCAACUAAUCAGCUGAGACGUCAAGAUGAGGAGAAUAAAAAGAUUAAAGAGGAAUUGGACAUGGCUUUGACGCGUGAAAAGGAGAUGUCCAAUAAGGCUAGAGAACAGCAGCAUAGAUACUCUGAUUUGGAAUCUCGCAUGAAGGAUGAAUUGAUGAAUGUGAAAAUUAAAUUCACUGAACAGUCUCAAACAGUAGCUGAAUUAAAACAGGAAAUAUCCAGAUUAGAAACUAAGAAUUCCGAAAUGUUAGCCGAAGGUGAACUACGUUCCAAUUUAGAUGACUCUGAUAAAGUGCGUGAUCUGCAGGACAGAAUCGCCGACUUAAAAGCCGAGUUAACCGCAUUAAAAAGUCGAGGCAAAUUUUUACCAGUUUCAAAAUUACGAAGCUCCUCGAUACAGUCGAUUGAAUCAGCCGAAAGUGAUUUUAAUGAUAUAAUGAGCAUGCGUAGAGAAAGUACCGAAUUAUCAUCAUAAUAUUUAAUGAGGUUUUUUUAA